UGACACGAGCUUAGUUUGAUACCUACACCAAAGAUUAUCAAAGCCAGCCAAUGAGUUGGUUUUGAGGUGAUUUCUUCGUGACAACUUCGUCUACAUUCGUAUGUUUAACCUAUAAAGAAUUCUUGAUUCCGUAUCGGGUUUUCACCACAUUAUGAUUGAAUCGUCAAUAACAUGCUUGAUGCUUAUCAAUUACUAAGCAUGUGACAAACUAGUACUACUCUAGUAAGUAGUAAGCCAUUUAGACGGACUAACUUGCCAAAUAGACUAGGUUGAAGAAUGAAGAGAUGAUAAAAAAAAAAGUGGGGGAUUAGAUCAGAUUAGAUUAUUAGUUGGGGUAGCAGUCUGUCAGUAAAUGCGACCAUGACUGAAGAGUGGGUGCUUGCAUGGGAGACAUUUGGCUGUGGGUUGUUGGGAAUGAAAGUUGUUUGUGCAAUUAAGUCCCCUCCGAUUUCCAGCCACAAUCUCUGGAAAAAAAACAGAGCAUUGGGAUUCUGCUGCAUAUGCAUAUGAUAGGGAAGGGAAGUUAUUGUAGACUUAUGGUUUGAUCGACAACUGUGGGCAAAGUACAUGAUGAACUCGUUUGUGCGGCCAAUGACUACAAUGAAUUGCCACCGGGGUUAGGUCUAUACUAAAAGCUUACACACACCAUAUAUGGUUGUGAGCUAUCUUUGUAAAACCGUAAUCGUACUGUAUCGAUGGUUCAAUAAAAAAAAAAGGUUGUCAGAUUUAAAAUCGGUAGGUGGUUUUAUCAGUAUUGUUAUGGGACAUGCAAAUAUCACAUCGUACAUACAAGAAAAAUUAUGACCAUUGAAUAUAAGUGUCCACCAAACUCCACUAAUAUGAGGCAUUUUGAUGAGGCACCCAAAUCAGUGCAGAACUUGCCCCAACAGACUUUGAUACCAAUUGUUGGACCAGGUAUCCAUUAGUAUGAUAUUGUCUGAUUUGGGUAAAAAAUAACUUCCUUUAUUUAUACAAUGUGGUACUUGGAUUUCUCAUAAUAAUCCUCCCCUCAAGACAAGGACCACAAAGUUUUUGUCUUACCUUGGAGAUUAUCUUGAUCCGUCAGAUAACUUGUAUCACAACUUAACACACAAGGCUUUGCCAGAUACAUAUCUUUGUUGAUAUGUUAGAUGCGAAUCUUUGAUUAACCGAAUUUGGGUCUUUGAUCCACCAUAUGAUCGUCUCAAAUCUCAAGGUCUCGAAAUGAGGGUCCACCCAUAAGUCCAUUGUCCUUAAUCCGAACCAAAGCUCUUAUACCGGUUGUUGGGACUAGGAGCUCCAUUAGUACAACAUUUGUCCACUUUGAGUCAAGUAUGUACACAUUUACCUUUUUGGGUUCCUUCACAUAAGGUUUCGUGCUAAUAAGUUUGGUGGACAAUAAUAUACAAGAGUAAUUUCCCUUGUAUUUAGAUGUGAUACUUGCAUUGUCUCAUAACAUGUAUAAAACAAGUGAACCACGAUUAAAACCAUAAUUUAAACACAAAAUAUGUUGAGGAAAUUAAUUACUUAGUCAAAAUGUAAUUAAUUCCUUGUCCAACAAGUCCCUUGUUUCCUUGUCCGGGUAAAAGAGGGAACUUGGUUGUCUUUAGGGUUUUAACCCUAAGUCGUUCUCUAUAAAAGCUUAGCUAUGGUUCUGUCAUAAGCAAGCCGUCACAAUGUAGUCUCAUAUUAAAAUCGUCAGCCGUGAGCUCGUUCCGAGCUCACUGUGGAUUAGUCUCGAUCAAUCAAGAUCGAGGAUACCACGUAAAAUCUUGUGUUCUCGUGUUGUUUCGUAUUUCCGCAUCAUCAAAUUCUACAUGGUAUCAGAGCGAAACUCGUUUCCUGUUAGGGUUUUAAGCUUCCGCAUUCAACCUCUCCAUAGGCAAAGUCAAGACCGCCGUCCAUCAAUCUCUCACGCUACUUUCACAGUAGCCACUGCCGGUGUCAGCCGGCAUCUCCAACAUCAUCCCGGCGUCCCACGAUUAGUCACGAUCGUCGUCGAAAGAAGAGCUGAUGUCCACUCUGGCCCCCGACUUCAGAUCUGUAUCGUUGCCGCCUCUGCUCCAUUCGUAGUUCGACGGCGAAGUCCUUCCCGCCGUCGAGAACGAGACCUCUAGAUCUGUCGUCAGAUCGAAGCCAAGGUGCCAUAAGUCGUCAAGUUGGUGCUUGUUCGUUUCACGCUCUUAGUCUGCCGCUGGGUUCGCCGUGUAUCGUCUUUCUUCGAGGCCCUAGGGGCGGCAUCGACUUUUGAAGGUCAUCAAGUCUCUACCGAUUUCAGUCACUGGUCACCGAAGCUGGUUUUUCUGUCUUGCGGAUCGUCAUCAAGUCAGAUGAAGAAGCAAAGGUGUCUCCGCCGCUGUCGAGAGUUUAACCUAAAUUUUGUCCGCUUGUCACCAUUCAAUUCUGCCCAGGUCGUCCGCUAGAUGCUCUAGUUGGUCGGUUGCUCAUCCCAAUUCCGUAUCUAUUGUUAAACGGAGUCAACCGUUGCGGGCUUGGAGACAGGAAUUAUGUGAUGUAGGUUGGAGUAAUUAAAGGUUUGGCGACAGUUUGGUGUGAGUUCCGCCGAGUCAAAGAGGUUACCUUGCUUGUGUCAUUCAGCAGGAUUUUCUUGUGUAGCGUACGUGCCUUUCAUCCCUGAGGAUUGUCCAGUCCUUCUCGGUCAUCUUCAUCAAGGUCCCGCUGAAAGGAGAAUCUUCACCAACAUCAAAGUCAUGGCGUUGAAGACAAUCGUGACUUGCAGUCAUGGUCCCUUUCAAUAGCUAGUGUUGGAAAGAUAGAAAAGCUUUCGUCAACAAAGUUUGUCAAGUCAUCAAGCGAGGAAUUCAUGUUCAAAGAACCGAUCGUCCCCUCUGCGUUCAACAUCGGUCAAUAUUGAGUCUUCACCAUUCUAACUUUCAAGCUGGGCAUUCACGUCGUUCAUGCUCCAGCUUGAGGGGGAGAAUAGGGAAUCAUCACAUGUAGGUCGACUAGUUAAGUCAUCAAGUCGACCGCGUCUAUCUAUCAGUCAGGUUGCUCGGAGAAGCACAGUCAGCAGUGCAGUUAGAAGUCUCCAAAGUAAGCAACACAGUCAUCAAGUCUUGGAGUGAGGGCAGUCAUGAUCAAGAAGCGAUCGUCCCCUUCGCGUUCAGAAUCAAUCAUUUUUCAGUCUUCACCAUUCUAACUUUCAAGCUGGGCAUUCACCUCGUUCAUGCUCCAGCUUGAGGGGGAGAAUAGGGAAUCGUCACAUGUAGGUCGACUAGUUAAGUCAUCAAGUCGACCGCGUCUAUCUAUUAGUCAGGUUGCUCGGAGAAGCACAGUCAGCAGUGCAGUUAGAAGUCUCCAAAGUAAGCAACACAGUCAUCCGUCUCCAGUCUCAUCCAAGACGUCAAGGUAAUUCUGCCAUGUGGAGUCCGCUAUUGUUGAACUAGGUCAAGCAUGGAGUGGUUUCAUCAUUUGUCUACCUCUUCCGCAAGCGAACAAAGUCACAGCCUGUUUGGUCGUCAUUGCCGGCCAGAGGUUGUUUGAGUGUUGUUCAGUUUCAAGCUCGACAUUUUUUUGUCAUCAUGUCUUCGCUUGAGGGGGAGUGUUGAGGAAAUUAAUUACUUAGUCAAAAUGUAAUUAAUUCCUUAUCCAACAAGUCCCUUGUUUCCUUGUCCGGGUAAAAGAGGGAACUUGGUUGUCUUUAGGGUUUUAACCCUAAGUCGUUCUCUAUAAAAGCUUAGCUAUGGUUCUGUCAUAAGCAAGCCGUCACAAUGUAGUCUCAUAAUAAAAUCGUCAGCCGUGAGCUCGUUCCGAGCUCACCGUGGAUUAGUCUCGAUCAAUCAAGAUCGAGGAUACCACGUAAAAUCUUGUGUUCUCGUGUUGUUUCGUAUUUCCGCAUCAUCAAAUUCUACAAAAUACUCUAUCACUAACUUUUCUUAUACAACCUCUAGUAUUGUUCAUAACGAUCCAAGUUGCCCUAUAAUUAAUUACAUAUCCAAAAGUUUAUCUUUCUUGAAAAUGAUAACCGGAUCAUCAUACAUUAUAA